GUUUUGUCCGGGCCGGGCUGAGCCUGGCCUCCUCUUGGGGCAGGACCCGCUCCGUGCUACCAGCGGCCGCGCUCUGCUCGUGCCGGAAGGGGACCCCUCUCCUGGCCCGCAUGUCGGCAUCCAGGAGUGGGUGGGUUGUGGGGGGCACUUCGCUUCCAGGCAUCCAACCUGCUUCUCUUAUUCCGUCUCUUCUUCAACACGCGCGUGGCAGCUCCUGGCUUUCCCCUGUGGUUUUUCUGCUAUCGGCUUUGCAGAAUAAAGUGUCUCCACUGGGAGAAGGUCUCCAGAUUGGAGCCGUAUCCGUCUCGAGGAACAAGCAGUCGGGACUCGUAGUAGAGAUAAUAUCUUCUAUUAGACCAGCAAACACCCUUCCUCAGGCUUGUGGAAGUGGGAGGAGUUUCUUUCAGUUGGCAGGUCUGGCGCCACGGGGGUGCGGGGUUCACAUCACUUCUAAUCCUGCUUCUCUUCUUUGAUCUCUUUCUGAUGCAGCUGUUCAGGCCUUUCUGUUUUUUGCCUUGACUUUCUGAUCAUUGCAGUCCUUCGCUCUAGCAGGAUCCUUGAUCUCCAACAUCCAUUUUCCCUCGAACCUGACAUUUUGUAGUAAUCCACUUCAACACCUUUUAUUUUUCCUUGUUUUUCUUUGUGCAGCACAUAAAAAAAAAAACAAACAAUUGAAAACAAAACAAAAAACCACAACACUUCUCUGGUUUGUAAUUCCCUGCUGUUGUGUCUGAUUAAACUGUUUGCAUGUCUUCAUUGCUUCUCAGAGAAAAAGCUGUCUUCAUGUGGGUGGCCAUGCUAUGAUUACAUUUUUUUUUUUUCUAAAAUGUGCUGUUUAAAACAAGCUGUAAGCACAAAUGCUAAUGAUAUACAAACAGUCUAACUAUUAAUCCUGGUUUGUGUACAGGUUUCAGAAAAAUGGCAGAUGUUUCACUGUGCUACCUUGCAUGUUGAAGGUUGGCACCAGUAUGAAAUAGCCAUGGCAUGAUGCUAAUAUUUAAUUUUAUUAUUUAUUUUUAUUUUAUGACUUUAUUAUAUGAAAGCGUUCCAAAGUUCUCGUUUUGACACUUUCUGCAACAUUACGGAUUAAUAAAGUUACUUUAAGAAGUUUGGUGACUAUAAAUUGGCACUUAACCUGUUAUAUGCAAAAUCCCAGAAUUUUCUUACAUGACAUUGUUCUCAUUCCUUUGUAUCUUCAAAAUCUUUGUAAGUGUUAAUAGAAUUGCCGCAUGUUUAUUUUCAGGAACAAAUAUAAGCUGCUUCUUUCUGAGGAAGGGCACUUGAUGCCCAAAAGCUUGUCCAAAGGUUCUCAGCCAUACAGUUGGUCCAAUAAGUUACCAUAAAUUAUUCUUGCCUCUUGGACAUUUCCUGGACCAUCUCAGCUCCAAACCAGUUCCAAUCAUACUAUGUUCCAUUAACAGUCAAUGUAUCACACUAGUGGAGUGGCAAAGAAGAACAAUGCUGGAACCGAAGAGAUGUGAUGUGUGUUUGACUGGAAGUGAUGGUAAAAGAAUGUCAUCAGGCUUCCGAAUAAAACCAAAGAAUGCCAUGGAAAAGAGCAGGACCUCUCCAUGUCCUUCCCCAAAUUCUCCAGAGCCUACAGUUAAGCCACAACCAAAACCUAGUGAUAAACUUAACCCCAAAACUAUUGAUCCGUUCGGUGAUCAGCCAAAGGCCCCUUCUGCAUUUGCUGCUAUUUAUUCUAAAGGGGGUAUUCCUUGCAGGUUGAUUCAUGGCUCAGUAAAACACAAACUACAAUGGGAAUGUCUUCCUGAAACACUUCCAUUUGAUCCUCUUCUUAUAACAUUGGCUGAGGGUCUCAGAGAGACAAAACAUCCAUACACAUUUGUAUCAAAGGAAGGCUUUAAGGAAUUGCUUUUGGUGGAAGGUGCUGCCGAAAAAACUCUUCCCUUGUUGCCUCAUCUCGUUCCAGUGUUAAAGGCUGCUCUGGCCCAUUCAGAUGGUGAAGUGUUUGAAAGGGGAUUGAAUGCUUUGGUACAGCUGAGUGCAGUUGUUGGUCCUUCACUUAAUAUUCAUUUGAAACACAUACUCACAAAUCUCUCAAAAAGACUAAUGGACAAAAAAUUUAAAGAGAAAAUCACAGAUGCUUUACAGAAGUUAGAGCAUCAUGGUGGAAAGGAGAGUGUGGCUGUCAUCAAAUCUAAAAUCCCAACCUAUUGUUCCAUCUCCUCUUGAACAAGAAAUGUUGUAGUUACUGUACUUGUAGCUGAGCUCAGGGAAAUCAGAAGUGGCCUAUGGACAUCACUGGAAUUUCCUUGGGGUAUAAUUUAUUCUCUUAAAACUAACUGCAAAUCUCCUGGAAUGUGUUGGGACCGAGGGGAGAAGAGAUGAAUAUUUGCAAUGAAGUGAACAUACAUCAACUUGUGCAAGUCUAAUUCUGGAAAAUAGUUAACUUUUCCUGUGCUCUAAAUCUGAAACUACAUCCAAUAAUUGGCUAUCUACAUUUGUUGCGACAGUAAAUAUCAGUUCAUUUUUGUUGUGUAUUUCAAUUUCUUUUACUAAUUCUGUCACAUCUACUAUGCUUGUGUGUUUAUCAUGUAUGACGCAAGAAUUUGGCUGUAAUUACUUGAGCAGUAACUAACUCAUUGUCAAAUGGCAUGUACAUGUUUAUUUUGAUAUUGACGUAACUUGCAGUAACUUAUUCCCAUGAUGAGUGUUGUGCAGAUGGAAAAUGUGAGGGUAUCAUCACAGAAGAACUGAUUUUUAUACCACUCAUAGACAGUGUUGUUUCAAUAGUAUAAAUAAUGUAAAAACAGUAACUCAGGUGUUGAUAUAACAAUGUUAUUCUGAAUCCUUCCUCCUAUGCCCCCCUUCUCCCCAUCUCCAUCCUGGUAACUCUUUGCAUUUUAACUUUGUCAGAUAAAUUACUUAAGUAUUAAACUGUUAGUUCAGUACUACCUGAAGCUUUAUCUCAGGAUACUUGUAUUUAAACUUUUAAACAAUAAAUCCAUUUUGCUAAAGAAAUAUUAAAUCCAAAGAAAUGCUGCUGGGUGUCUUUCCACCCCCCCAAAAAGUUCUGUUUUUUUGGUGUUUUUUCCUUAUAAUUUUUAUUUAUUUAUUUUUUACAAAAUGUGCACAUUUACUUUACGCAAACACACUACAGCAAAUUUCAGGUGUACAUGUAUUGUACUACUAUUAUUCCUACACUGGUGAUAGCAGAGCAGCCUUCAACAUGCCUCUAAUACCCAUCUCUACACCAGAAUAGAUACCUGAUUUAUUUUUACAAAAUAACAUUUCAUUCUUUCUUCUCCAGUAGUCCCUUAUUUUGCUUUGUGUGUAAAUGUCACAAUGAAGACUGGCAUAUCUCUGGUAGCAGUUCACCUAUCUUAGUGUCCUAGAAUUACUGAAAAUACAGUAAAUCAUGAUAGGAAAAAAUAUGUUAAUCUUUUUAGUUACAUAGAGUUUAAGUUCUAGAUUUGGAAUUAAUGUAGUUAUUUUGAGAGAGUGUUCCUCAAAAAUGUAAUCUUAUUACUGUUUAUAAAUUACAUUGUAUUGCUAAAGUUUCUGCUUUUUUUUCCAUGCCAUUCUCAUAGCAGACAUACCACAAAGAAUCUGAAACAGGUAUUAGACUAUCUAGCAUUCAUUAGUACUAGAUUUAACUACAUGCUGGUCAUGUCUAAGUAAGUUGCUAAUGCCACAGUAGCCUAAUUCUGCUGUGGAGUAGCAUGCAGGGCAAAAACCAUUCUAAUAUGCUACUGCACCAUAGUAUUAGGCUACUGUGCAGGUAGCAUCACUAAAAAGCUGUGCGCUGGCGCUACUGCGCAGCAGUAUCAGUUACUGCACAUUGAUUUAGUGCUUGAUUAUUCAAGUGCAAGAUGCGCAGUAACUACGGGGCAUUAAUGAAUGUGUAGAUGCACCCACUGAGCACGGAAGUUAACCGUGGAGUAGACAAGUUAGCUGCGCAGUAAACUUCGCAUGUCUGCACAUGCGCCCCUAUUAGGAUGGAGUAAACUAAUUAACUCCGCAGCAGGAUAGUACUUGUAUUUAAUUUUUUACUUUGCAGUAGUGCAUAUGUAGACACUGCCCCAGCCAGCCCACCCCUCUGCAGCACAGGGAGCUGGGGGGAGCAGCUGUAGGCUAGCAUCCUGAUCCCUGCCAGGGCUGCUGUGUCCCAAUGUGCUAUGGUCCCAGGCACACAUUCAAAUAGCAUGCUUGGGAGCACUAAACUCCAGAGCAAUAAACUUCAGAAUUUAUUGCUUUGCAUUAAUUGCACAUGUAGAUGCGCCCAUGGACAUGCAUCCUGAGGAAUGAAGUAAGAUGAGCAGUUCAAAAUAAUGUUAUUUCUUUUUCCUUGUUAAAUUUGGUAGGACAUGUAUUAUGGAAAUAACAUCAGAACCCAAACCGAUUUUCUUCACGAAUAAAUUUCAGCUCAAAACCUAUUCAGAUCCUUAAUAUUGAACAGAAAAGUUGCUGACAGUCCAACCAGAAUUAUACAUACUUUAAAUACUAAUUUCAUGAAAAUUUAAUAAAUGCAGACUUUUAGGUGAGAAUGACAUAAGUUUGUCACUGGUAGGUACUAAACCUAUGGAAAUCAGUCAUUUUAUUAUUAUUAUUAUUAUUAUUAUUAUUAUUACUAUAAAAAGGCCCUUCCUCAUGUAUAAAUUAGCUGGACUUAAAAAAAUAAAAUAAAAAAAGGAAAAAAAAGAGCGAGAGAAGAAAACCAAAUAGAAGUGGGAGACUGUUGCAGCAAGAUAUAUUGCACAUUCUAGCAAUUAUUUUUCAAAGUAUUGUGUAAAAAUGAGGAUUAUUAACAACAUAUAAAUAUGAAAGGGAAAUACUUGGUAUUUUUUCUGUAUAAAUUAAAUAGCUGACAUUUAAGACAGGCAUUUAAAAUCUUGGAGAUGAAUUCAAUAAAAACAAAUAAAACAAUUUUAUGUUUUGUAUUAGCUAGAUAAAACAGGGGUUGGAAUGGUGGUAAAUGUCAGGUCCUGUUUUCAGAGGUUCUGGAGCAAAACCUGACUUUGAGUAUCCCAUUAUCUAAAUGAACAAUCUUAAAAGGACAGACAUUGGAAAAUCCUUUUGGGGGAAGCUUUAUAAUAACACAAGGCUUAUUUGCAUAAUGCAUGUCUCAGUGUAAAGCUGAGCAAUCUUAUUUAUGGUAAAAGUGACAAAUCCAGCUUUAGGAAAUGUUGCAGAAUAGUUCACAUUUGUCCAUUAAUUGCAGUGCUAGCCAUGUUAUAUCACAUUUUCAAAGAGCUGCAUGGAACGCAUUAUGUUUUCAUCCUGUAAAGGAGAAAAGGUAUGAGUUAGACAACAUUGUAGAUUGACCACAGGAGUCUAAGAAAAUGAGUAGAAGUAAGUAAACCAUAGUUAUUGAGAGCGUCGCUUGGUUGGAAAAAUGAGAGUAGAUUCUGAUGAAAUUGACUGAAAAUGGUACUAAUUUUAGAAAUAAUAAGUCUAGUACUCUGAUUUUAGUAAUCCUCAAUGGUGAUUGCAUAAAAUCAAAACCAAUGACAGCUCAUUAAUACAAUAAUGUUUAACAUAGUUUUGAAAUUUUCCGUUCUCUUGGAGGUUAUUGACUUACAUCUACUGAAACAGAUUGUAAAUAAUGUGUAAACAUAUGACAACUUCAUAUUAUUAAAUCAUUAUCAUGGAUGCACUUUGAA